GGCAGCCUCCAGCCUUUCAGACUCAUAUCACAAUGCCGGCCCUUUCAUAUCUCGUAUCUGUCUUCUAUGCCGCAGCCUUAGUACUCGGUAGCCCUCUUAUAAAAGCAGGGCAACAUGAUAAGCCGUUCGCACAAGACGUCGCCUAUCAGAACCUCAACGCUAGGGGAGGCAGUAUUGAUACUAUAUUUAACGCCCGAGCUGCCAGUAAAAAGCCCUUCUACGCUAUUGCUCACCGUGUUAACGAUAUGGAUGCUCUUCUGCUCGCCCUCAACGAUGGGGCAAAUGCCAUCGAAAUGGACCUAUUUGCGGAAACAACUGGCUGGUGGGCUUCCCACGACGGACCGAGCAAGAAUGGGGACACGGCCCGAGACAUGUUCAACGCUGUCGCCAGGCACCGCAAGGGGGGUAAACCUAUCACCUUUGUCUGGCUCGACAUCAAAAACCCGGACCGGUGCGAUCCCGAUGAUCAAACAUGGCAGUUCUGCUCCAUCGCUGCAUUACAAGACCUCGCGAGAGAAAUCCUCGAGCCGCAGGGCGUGCGAGUGCUCUUUGGUUUCUACCACACUGAGAAUGGCAAUGCAUACCGGCUGAUACGCGACGACCUCAACAGCAAAGAAGCUAUCAACGUCGACGGUAGGGCGGCGCCCUUGCUCGAGGAGUUCACGGUCAACGGCCCGGCCGAUGUGCGCAAGCGUGUGUUGUCAUACGGCGACCCUGACAUCGGAUACCUAUUUGGUAACUGCUCGGAACCUGGAGAUGCACAUUUAACGUGCACGCAGUUGCGUCAGGCUGCCGCAUCUGGUGCGUUUGGCAAGACAUUUGGUUGGACAGCUGCAGCGGGGCAGACCCAAUACGUGGAAGCACUGCUGCGCGUGGGUGUUGACGGUGUCAUAUACGGCUUGGGAGGAGCUGACUAUGAUGGGAGUGCUGCACAAGCUGCUAAGGAAAUCCGUAACUCACUUGGGAAGUAUUCGGACAGGUACUACCUUGCAGGGAAGGAUGAUAACCCGUGGUAGCUUUCAUACUUGGGUUUGUAGUAUGAUAUAGGUGCUAGAAAGUGGCCUAAAGGCUUCCCCGCGUGCACGGACGGAAAGGGGCUAAGUAACGUUAUUUUUACGACAAUCAAGCCUCAACACGUCAUGUAUAGGGACCCGCUUGGUGGUAUCUGGUCAACUUACAUGCAAGUCUUGGUACAGUAUCCGUAAUAGUGCGGAAGUAGGGGCAACGAACUGCUGGUACCUGAUUAACUAUGUAACUUUGACCUCUGUCUGGUGCAGCUUACCCAUAACUAAACCGCCACCUAAGUCCCCUUCAAGUCAAACAAUUCACGCACGCUCUGGCACUAGUCUCUCUCAUAAACAUUUUAUUAAGGACAGUUUCAUAGCUGAC